UCGCCUAUGUGCAUUACAUUGUUCAAGAAGUUAAUAUUUUCCAACUACUUUAGAUAAGAUUCCUUGUGAAAUCCGAAACAUUCUGGAUUUGUAAUGUCGGUAACCAAAGUGGAUAUAGGGACACUGGAGGAGAAGAGUAGUUGGCUUCUGCAUCCAAGAUUCUUCCCGAGUAAAAUUGGAGGGAAACCUGCAUGGUUAGAUCUUGAAAAUAUCCCUCAUCCUAAAGAUUUAACCUGCAAGAAAUGUGGUGAUCCCCUUGUUAUGAUAUGUCAAGUCUACGCUCCGUAUGAAGAAUCCGACGACGGUUUUCAUCGCACAAUUUUUGUGUUUAUUUGUAAAAAUGGAUCCUGCUGUCAAAUAAACACUGCAGAAAACUUAGUAGCAUUUCGCUGCCAAUUACCACGAAGAAAUAAAUUCUAUUCUUAUGAGCCCUAUAAAGUUGAUGAGAACGAAGUAUUUGGCAUGGACAAAUGGCCUAAACUGUGUGAGUUAUGUGGACUCAGAGCUCCUUCACAUUGCUCAAAAUGUAAAAAAACUUAUUAUUGCAGUCGCAAACAUCAAGUACUUGAUUGGCAGAAUGGUCAUAAGCAACUUUGCCCCACUUUGCAGACAGAAGAAGUCCCUGAUAAUUACUUCACAGUAACAGAAGCGGGAAAAAAUAAUCUAUAUAAAGAAUGGGAACUUAUAGUAGAUGAAGAAGAUGAAGAAAAUCCAACAAAUGUUGAUGAGAACAGAGAAAUGGCAAAACUUAACGAAAUGAUAAAAGAAAAGAAAGCCGGUACAUUGUCCAAUGUGAGUGAAACUGAACUUGAACAGUAUGUUGGAAGAGAAGUGCCAGACGAUAAAGUCUUCAACAAGUUUAACAAGAGAGUGGCAAGACAUCCAGAGCAGGUUCUGAGAUAUGACAGGGGCGGCACUCCACUGUGGAUUACAGGCAACGCUGAGAACUGUGUUAUGGAUGUUGAAAACUGUGAAUAUUGCAAUGGAGAAAGACAAUUUGAAUUUCAGAUCAUGCCACAGCUUCUAAACUUCAUAAAUGUUGGCUUAGACAUCAACAGUGUGGACUGGGGAGUGCUGGUUGUGUAUACUUGCAAAGCAAGCUGCAACCAAGGCCCUGCUUACAAGAAGGAGUUUAUUAUAAAACAAGAUAUAACCAGCUAAAUCAUUUUAUUAAUAUAUUUCUAUGUACAUGUAAAUCACAA